CCGCUCGUCCAUCAUGGAACUCCCGCGCCGGAGGAACUCCCUCUCGCAGGAGGUGCACACCCCGCAAGGGUUCGUGGUGAGGAGGAGGGCCCUGCACUACCUGUUCGUGCUGGGCACGGAGCUGGGCAACGAGACCUUCUACAUCACAUUCUUCCCAUUCCUCUUCUGGAACGUGGACGCGCUGGUGGCGCGCAGGAUCAUCAUGGUGUGGGUCUGGGUCAUGUUCCUGGGCCAGAGCGCCAAGGACUUGCUGAGGUGGCCGCGGCCUGCCUCGCCGCCCGUCAUCAAGGUGGAGGUGUUCUACGACUCGGAGUACGGGAUGCCCUCCACGCACGCCAUGUCCGGCACGGCGCUGCCCUUCGCUAUCUUCGCGCUCACGCUGGGUCGGUUCGAGUACCCAGCUGUCCUGGGCCUGGCUCUCGCCUGCUGCUGGUGCCUGCUCGUCUGCCUCAGCCGCCUCUACAUGGGCAUGCACUCCAUUCUGGACGUGGUGGUGGGCGUGCUUUGUAGCGUGGCCAUCCUCUCCGUGCUGCUGCCCUCGCUGGAGACCCUCGACAGCCUCGUGCUGCACUGGGGCGGCCCCGCAGAGGCCUCCUCCUCCUCGCAGAACCAGGCUACAGUGGGCGGGCUGGCAUGGUGGCUGCGCGGCGUGACCGGCGGUGCGGCGGUGGCGCUGGCGCACGUGGCGGCUGCCCUGGCGGCGUUCACGCUGGAUGGCUGGAGCACGUCACGCGGCGACACCGCUCAGAUCCUCGCUGUUGGCGCCGGCGUGGCGAGCGGCUCGCGCGUCAACCGCCUCCUAGGGCUGCUGGCCACCACGCAGGCUCCCUCGGAGCGACUGCCCCUGCCCGUGCUUCCCGGCCUGCCUCAGCUGCCCGGCGCCCUGGUGCGCACAAUCGCUCGUGUGCUGCUCGGUUCCGCCAUCCUGCUCGCAACCAAGGCUGCUCUCAAGUCCACGAGCAUCCCGCUCGCAUGCUGGCUGUUUAGCAUCCCGGGCGAUGAUGUGAGCGUGGCACGGCGCCACGCGCAAGUCGAGCUGCCUUACCGCUUCAUCACGUACGGCGCCGUCGGCUUCAGCGCCGCCUGCCUCGUGCCGUGCGCCUUCUCACUCGUCGGCCUCUCCUGAUUCCUGCCCUCGGAUCGCCGACCUCGGCACCUACUCCGGACUCGACUGGAAAUAACAUAGAAAGAAAAAAUUCUCCUCCCCGGAGUCGUGGGGAGAACUCUUCGUGGGAGGGUGCGUUAUUUUUCUAGUUUUUAGAUUAUUUUUCCGUAAAACGUGCCGGGUGUUUGAGUGUCGAAAAUUUACACGAGAUGAAACUUGAAGGUGCUUCGAGUCUGAUUUCACCCGUGCUCCGGCAGUCGGGGUUGUUCUCCCUGACAUGCCAGCGAUCCGAUGGUGCUGCUCUGAGAUUCCUUUCCUGCCCCACUGCCACGAGUCUUCAUGCCCACGUGGUGCCAAAAAAGUGGCGGCAGCGUUUUGAUCUCCCGCUGGACGUCAGGUUUUUUCUGCGCACACGUCAGCGCCGUUAAUUAUUAUAAUAAACACGAGUGCAGUGCUUGACUCUCUGCCGCCCCCUACGCACAGGGCACGUGGCCGGCAAUGUCUUGUGGUUGGGUAGGAGGCACGAGUUUGCAACUAGAGUAAUCGGUGUGCACAAAUGUUCUGUCUCAUCUCACAUUUAUCAGCUCCCAAGUGCAAUGGUGUCAUUUGCCACGAUUUGCAUGUGACCGGCAAACGUAUAAUGGACAGUCCGGAGAGACCGGCAUUUGAGCGGGGUCUUUAAAUGUAACAAUCGCAUGCAUCGUCGAGUCUAAACGUUUAAAAUGUUGAGAGAACUAAUGUUGCGACCGCUCCUCUACCUGUGUGUACAAAACCUUUGGCUUGAUACUCUCAAGGUCAUGCAGCAGUGGCUUUGAGAACAGAAUCACUUUACGAGGGUAAAUUCGGUUGUGUGGGCUGUAGGCAUGAGGUGUGAUGAUUAUAUGGGCGUACUAACAUUUUGUUUAUAUUUGUGUACAUGUAUAUAAAGAAUGUUGCACCACUUAUAUCGCGAGGAUUCUUGAAAGCGUGCCUGGGUCGGUGCGAUUGUCCCCUUCUUGAAGGGUAUCUCCAAUGCAGUAAUAAUUACUCUCCAGGCAAGCGCCGCCCUUUGAUUUACCGCUGACUGGACUGCUCUUGAAUUGUAAAUCAUAAAGAUUUUUUAAACGUU